CAAUAUUUUUAAUUGUUCUUUCCACUUUCAGAUAACCUCACACACUUUUCUUCGCAUUCCUCCAUCACACAAGGUCCCUCCCAGCUAAACGCAAAAUUAGCAAUGGUUGAAGUUACAGACAUUUGUUGUUUAGUGGUAGUCCGCUCUAAUUAAACCUGUACGUUGCAGUCAUGAAGUUGUUCGACCUGAAAAUUAAUCAACAGCCUUUGAAUUAUUCUCGAACAAAGGAAAUUAUGUCAAGAGUUUCUAGUUUAAUUGAUGAAGCUGAAAAAAAUGAAGUUGAAUCAAUGGAAGGUGCAGCUGAUGAUGGUCGAUACAUUGAGCUAGAUUUGCUAAUACCUUCCGAUACAAAUGACGAGCCGUCGAAUCUUCUCGUCAACUUUUCUGACUCAUCGACUGAGAAUGAAGAUUCUUCUUCGGAAUCAGAGAGCGAGUUUGGUGAACUAAUCAUACCAUCUCCAGAUAGACUUAGUUCAGCAGUUUCAUCUCGUAAAUCUUGUAUACUUAUUGAAGAGCUGAAAUCUAUUUGCACCGAUGAUUGUAUAGUAGAAAACCAAUUGUAAUAAAAUUUUAUUAUCACUGC